AUGCCCAAUAUACCUAUACUUUGGAAGCUAAUAAUAUUCCUUUUGAUUUAUCAGGUCCAUGUCUCCCACCCACAACCAAUCAUCAAAUACGCUGCUGCUGCUCCCGCAGUAGCUGUUGCGCAACCCGUUGUUAAGGCUGUAGUAUCCCAACCAGUUGCUGUAGCUCAACCAGUUGCUGUUGCUCAACCAGUUGCCGUAGCUCAACCAGUUGCCGUAGCUCAACCAGUUGCCGUAGCUCAACAAGUUGCUGUAGCUCAACCAGUUGCCGUAGCCCAACCAGCCUACGUUAAAUCAUACUCUGCCCCUGCCUAUGUAAAAUCCUAUUCUGCACCAGCCAUCAGCUAUGGAGGUGGUUACGGUCACCCAUGGUAAAAUUUCCAGCAGAAACACCAAACGG